AUGCCUACUGGAGUUGGUGUUGCUGCUGACCCUCGGGUUGGUGCUGGAGGUGCUGGAGCCACUGGUCCUGGAGGUGCUCGUACUGGCGGUACUGGAGCUGCUGGGACUGGGGGUGCUACUGGAGCUGCUGGGGCUGGUCCUGCUGGAGGUGCUGCUGGUGCUGCUGGAGGUACUGGAGCUGCUGGAGCUGCUGGUGGUGCUGCUGGUACUGGGGCUGGUGCUGCUAGAGGUACUGGUGCUGCUGGAGGUGCUGCUAGUGCUGGUCCUGCUGGAGGUGCUGCUGGUGCUGCUGGAGGUACUAGAGCUGCUGGUGGUGCUGAGCGAGUUGGAGCUACUGCUGGAGGUUCUGGUACUGUCUCUGCUGGUUCUGGGGGCACUUCACAGCCACAGCCGUACUUCGUUCCCCUCCUUCAGCAGGUUCUUGGUCAGCCGCCUCCUCCUUGUCCUGCUCCCUCCUUAGAGUGUCCUCCGCCUGUCCAGUCACUGUCACAGCUACCGCCUGCCUCGCCAAUCCCUGGUCCUUCUCCCUAUACUGGUCCGACAAGCGGUCUUACGGAGCGUCGUGAGCCUGAGUCUCGUCCUGUGUCCCCUGAUUCUCGGUCUGCGUCACCUGUUCGUGCUGCUCGCACUGGUCGUCGUGUCCCGCGUCAGCGUCCUCCUGCUGUCCCAGGCACUCACCAGAUGGCGCUUCGUCCUUCCACUGCUCUACAUCGUGUCGUGCUGCCUUCUCCUCCUGCGUCCUCUCUUCCUGCCCUUGCUGACCCGCAGUCUGACUCUCUUCGUGCUGCUAGUCCUACUGUCACGCGUCUCCUGGCCACUGCUGUCGUUGACCCUUCCUUUGAGUCAGCUGCUGCGUCUGCCUUAGUUUCUGAGCUUGUCGACUUUGCUGCUCACUGUCGUCUAGACUACGCUGCGAGUCUUGUUGCUGAGUUUGAGUCUGAGUCUGUCUGUCCUCCGUCCGUGGGGGGUGAGUGUGCUCUUGGCACGGACGUCCUUGAGGACAGGCAGGAGGAGUUUGAGUGCUUUGCUGCCGCUGUGCCUCAUCUCGUGUCCAUGCUGAUUGCACCUGAGGGAGACCCGGAUGCACCAGACAUCCCGACCCCGCGCUCUUACGCUGAGGCGAUCGCGGGUGAGUACUCCUCUCAGUGGCAGUCAGCCAUGGACGCAGAGAUGGCAUCCUGGAAGUCCACUGGCACUUACGUCGACGAGGUUCCCCCUCCUGGGGCGAACAUCGUCAGUGGCAUGUGGAUUUUCAGGGUGAAGCGGCCGCCAGGUUCUCCGCCUGUCUUCAAGGCUCGUUACGUUGCUCGAGGCGCCACGUGA